CCCGCUCAUUGAUGCCGACCGCCUGCGACUACGUGCCGCCUUAACCGUGACGCGAGUAUGGCUCGUCAGAGGGACGCCAAGGUUGGUAACGUUCCGUUCGGCCGUUCCGUUGUUCUCUACAAUAAUUCUAUACAAUACCUGAGCACUUCUGGCCCAGAAAUUGUGUUUCGCCACUGCAACGAUACUGACUGCCAAGCACCUCGGGAUGGAUCACUCGCUUCCGGCUUCAAGCCAAGCUUCGUGGGAGAAGCUUGAUACAUUCGAUGGCGAGAAGCUAGACCAGUCUUCGUAUUACAACGACUCUUCGGCGCACCUACAACAUCCCAAUCCCAGAGCAUCCGAUGACGAAGGCCAUGAAUUAGCAGAUCUCGAAAAGCAAGACGAACCGUCUGGCUCACAGCAACCUCCAGUGCCGGAGCAGCAGCAACACCAACGACAGGAUGGCGAACAACUACAACAGGCACAAUCAAAGCUGGAAAAGGAUCCCGCCUUCAAGGUAGAGUGGGAGCCAGGCGAGACGACAAACCCCCGAAACUGGAGUACCUUGUACAAGGCAUUUAUCACAUUCCUGCUCGGUAUGCUGGCGUUGAGCGCUUCGUUAGGGUCGAGUAUUAUUGCGCCUGCGGAGCCUUUUAUUGCAUCGUAUCUGGGUGUUAGCGAGGAGGUGAUGGUUCUGACGAUCUCGCUCUACGUGUUGGGGUUUGCUCUUGGGCCGCUACUCUGGGCGCCCGUCUCCGAGACUUACGGACGCAAAGUCUCUAUGCUACCACCGCUCUUCGUCUUAGGGCUGUUUUCCAUUGGUACCGCAACGAGCAAGAACAUUGCUGCCGUCCUCGUGACCCGCUUCUUCGGCGGCGUUUUCGGCAGCGCUCCUGUCUCGAAUGUCGGAGCGGCACUUGGUGACAUGUAUGCGGCGCAAGCCCGUGGCAUAGCGGUGACCUUCUAUGCCGUCUGCGUCGUGGGUGGUCCGACUAUUGGGCCGUUGAUUGGUUCUGCCUUGACCGUCAACUCGAAUCUUGGCUGGCGGUGGACGGAGUACAUCGAAGCAAUCUGGGUCUUCACCGUUUUCGCCCUGGCACUCGUGCUCAUGCCAGAAUGUUACGGUCCGGUGUUGCUUAAACGCAAGGCGCAGCGUCUCCGGAAGGAAAAGGGUGACAACAGAUACUGGCACCCGCACGAGGCAGUUCGCAUCACCUUUACAAACAUCCUCACCCAGCACGUCAGUCGACCAUUAAAAAUGCUACUGACCGAGCCCAUGGUCGCUUGCAUUGCCGUUUACGCGAGCUUUGUCUACGGCUUGCUGUAUCUGACAUUAGAGGUCUUUCCGAUUUGCUACGCCGAGAUAAGAGGCUGGGGCACUGUAACUUCCACGCUGCCGUUCCUUGGGUUGUUCGUUGGCGUCCUAUUUGCUAUGGGCAUCAACCUCGCCAACCAGCCGCGCUACGCCCGCAUCGUGAAAGCGAACAAAGGCCGUGCCGUCCCUGAGGCUCGGUUACCGCCCAUGCUUAUUGGCGGCUUCUUGUUCGUCAUUGGACUGUUCUGGUUUGGAUGGACAGCAGGCAAUGUCUCGAUACACUGGGCUGUCCCAACUGUUGCCACAAUCUUCAUCGGUGCCGGCUUCAACGUAAUCUUCCAACAGUGCAUCAAUUUCCUGGUCGAUACCUACGCCUUGUAUGCCGCUUCAGCGACAUCGGCAAACACCUUUCUGCGCUCGAUCUUCGCAUGCGGCUUGCCCUUGGCAGCGCGACCCAUGUUCCUUCAUAUGGGAGUCGGACCUGGAUUCAGUGUACUCGGCGCUGUGGCAUGUUUAGCGCUGCCUGUGCCGCUGAUCUUCAUGAAAUACGGACUGAAGCUGAGGAAGAUGAGCAAGUUUGCUCCUGUGCCAAAGGACUAGCGUAGCUGCGUCAAACACAAUUUCAGGCGGAAUCGACGUAAUUCGUCA